UUUCAUUUCGUUUAUUUUGACCCUUGGGUGCAUUCUAGCGAAACAAGGAUCUAUCGAGAGUGCUAGAGUUUAGCCAUCGAAGAAAAGUGCGUCGCCCAGGGGGCCGCCGCAACCUCGGUAACAAGGUGUUUCCAGUAGUGACGAUUCGUAGAAAAAAUGAAAAGUCAAGGACAUCAUUUAUCAAAGGGUGCAUUUGGUCAAUUGACGGGCAAGCUUUCAAAAUUUAUAAGGGUUUACUUGCAGAUUCGUGCUGUUUAAGGAAAUGAGAGGAGGUGCGCCAGUUGCCUGAUAAAGUGCUCCUGAGGCUCUCGACAGCCACACUGGAGGAGAGAAGCCAGUGAGGAUGGCAUCAGGUAAUGGACAGCAAGCUGCCAGCCACAAACGCAAUGGUUCGAGCUCCAGUAUCUUUGGAUUUAAGCAAAAUGAGUCCGGUGCUGGUGGAGUCGGCAUCGCGGGCUUUAUGGGCCACAAGCGGACCGAGAGCAUAUCCAGUGCCUUUGGCCAUAAGCGUUCGGAGAGUGGCCACAAACCCGUGGACAGCAUAUUUGGACAUAAAAGAUCGGAGUCAGGUAGCAACUAUCACGCCGGUCAUCGGCGUAACGAAAGUAUGUAUGCAAUGACAGGCCUCUAUGCAGAAAGUACACCGAGUGCCGGAACUGAGCAACCGGAAGGCCAAGAGGGGGCGUCUGAGCAACCUAGCAGUAGCAGACUUAGCCACGACACUGUCAUCCGCUGCCACAGUAGGAAUCCCAGCUCCGGCCUUGUUGACCACAGAGAUUUUAUUAUCAAAUGUCAUAGCAGGAAUCCAAGUGCUUCCAUGGUAGUGGACAGAACGGAGAAAGAACGAACCCAAACACCACCAAUAAAUCCAGAUUCGAAAGAUUGCGGAAUCCUAAGUUGUCGACCAGUGUUUAUUCAAAGGUUUGCUGGUAUAAAGGUAUUUGUAUUUCUUUUGUCAUUCCUUGUUACACUGCAACAAGCUCUCAGUUCUGGUUACAUAAAUUCCGUAAUCACUACCAUUGAAAAAAGGUUUGAAAUUCCAUCAAGUCUGUCUGGACUCAUAGCCAGCUCCUAUGAAAUAGGAAAUGUUAUUACAGUAAUUUUUGUUAGUUAUCUUGGCAGUCGACGGCAUAUUCCAGUUUGGAUUGCUAUUGGAGCUGUAAUUAUGGGACUUGGUUCAAUGAUAUUCAUGGUACCACAUUUCACGGCUGAGCCAAAUUUAACCACAACUGCAAAUAAUUCCAGCUCUGAUAAUAUUUGUCGUGGAAUAUCAUUAAGGGAACAAGACAUGGGUUUGGGUCGCUUAUCUACUGGGCUAUCCUCACCUCCACUAGCACCACAUAAUAAUUUAAGAGGAGAUAACUGCAUUCAAGGUUCUCCAUCGACUGCUGGUCCAGUCAUGCUUUUUGUAGUAGCUCAGCUUUUACUGGGCUGUGGGGGUUCUCCUUUGUUUACUCUGGGUACUACGUAUAUAGAUGAUCACGUACGACCAGAAAGUGCAUCGCUAUAUAUCGGAUGUAUGUAUAGUAUGGCUGCCUUUGGACCAGUUUUAGGAUUUCUUCUUGGAGCCUAUCUCCUAUCAUUUCAUAUGGAUUCAUUUUCUGGGACAAUUAUUAGUAUCGAUCCUGGAGAUCAUCGAUGGGUUGGAAUGUGGUGGGGUGGUUUCCUGUUGUGUGGUUUACUUCUUAUUUUCGUAGCAAUACCAUUUUUCAGCUUUCCUAAAACUUUACAAAGAGAAAAAGAAAAAAUAAGAAUCAUUGAAAAAAAUAAGCCACCAGUGAACAAAGAAAAAGAACAAAAUAAGGAUUCUAAAAAAUCUCAAACAUCUGAUGAUACUGGAUAUGGGAAAGAUGUAAAAGAUAUUCCACGAAGUAUGUGGCGUUUGGUUUGCAAUCCCGUUUACGUGGUAACAUGCCUUGGUGCCUGUAUGGAAUUAGUGAUUGUGUCAGGCUUUGUCGUCUUCCUGCCUAAAUAUCUGGAGACACAAUUCAGUCUUGGUAAGAGCCAAGCUUCGAUUUUUACUGGCUCUAUAGCCAUUCCUGGUGCAUGUAUUGGUAUCUUCUUCGGUGGCUGCCUACUCAAACGGCUCGAAUUGAGGCCCAAGGGAGCAGUGCAAUUUGUCCUCGUGUCCAACGUUAUCUGCCUCGUGUGCUAUGGGCUGCUCUUUUUCCUCGGAUGCGACAAUGUCAAGAUGGCUGGGACAACAAUUCCAUAUUUCAACAGCAGUAACAAGGGUCCUGAACCUUUUCAGGUUAAUCUCACUGCCGCUUGUAACUUCGGCUGCGAAUGCCGCAUGACUGACGUUGAGCCAGUUUGCGGUAACAAUGGCCUCACAUACUUCAGCCCUUGUCACGCCGGUUGUACAGCCUUCAGUUCCAAAUCGAAUUUUACCAACUGUGCUUGUAUACAUGGAAACUUAACUGUAGUUCCGCCAGCAACUCCUGAAUUUGCUGAAGUAACAGUGGUGCCUGUGGCUACAGCUGGUCCAUGCACAUCACCCUGUAAAACAAUAUAUCCAUUUCUUAUUUUACUUUUUUUUAUGACAUUUGUUGUUGCCGUAACACAAAUGCCACUUCUUAUGAUAGUCUUAAGGUCAGUGUCAGAAGAAGAAAGAUCUUUUGCCUUAGGAAUGCAAUUUGUAAUAUUCAGAUUAUUUGGUUAUAUACCUGCACCAAUUUUAUUUGGUAAUCUUAUUGAUUCUACUUGUUUAUUGUGGAAAAGUACUUGUGGUGAAAAGGGUGGCCGUUGUCUUUUGUAUGAUAUAGAACAAUUUAGAUAUAGAUAUGUGGGAUUAUGCUGUGGUAUCAAGAUUUUAGCAUUGGCACUGUUUCUCAUUGAUUGGUGGUUAGUACGCAGAAGAAGACAGAUGGAAGAUCAAAUGCCUUCUCUUAAUGUUAAUGAACUCGUUGGAUCCAUCAUUAGUCUUGAUAAACUUUUCGAAGAAAAACCUCAGCAUCCGCAUGAGAUCGAGGGGGAGCAGACAAAUUUGCCAAAUUAUGAGGUUCCUACGCCGCCAUCGAUGAUCUCUUCACCGACCGAAGCGAAAAAGUCGAAAAAUUUAGAGGAGACUGAAUCGUUAACGAUACGUAGCCCUCAGGAUCUGAAAAGUAUUUUGAACGUUUCAGAUACAAGGCAAGCUCUACUGUCUGAGCCUGAACCUAAUAUCAUUACCAAGCCAACCUCAAUCGUCAGCGAUACUCUAAAUAGAAAGGUUUAAUGGCGGCCUCAUUUUUACUUCAUUUUAGAAGAAUCCAAGAGAUCACAAUGCGCCUUUAUUUUUAAUCUAAUAUAAGUCCAUUCAUGUGUUAAGUGUAUUCAAGAAUUGUUAAUUGAUUACAAAUAGUGUACAUAUCGUCUGUUUGCUAUGACAGAUAUAUCAUUACAUCUAUGAAAAAGAU